AUGGAAAGCCCGCCAGCUUGGCCGUUAUAUGUAUACUAUGGAAUGUCGAUUUUAAGUCUUCCCUUAUACUUUGGUGUUCUCAUUUGUUUGUUGAGAUUGAGAUAUUUUUCAAAAACUUAUAAAACUACUUUCUAUACUAUUCUGUUGCAACAUUGCAUCGCUGACAUCAUCUCAAUGACAGUGUUUACUGUCAUUUGGGCAAUUCGAAUGCUUCCGGGUCUCAAAGAAUUUUAUUUUCACUAUCAGGAAUACUAUAUUGCUGCUGGAACCUACAACUCAAUUUACUAUUUUCUUUACAUAAGAUGUGCUGGAAUAGUAUUUCUUUCAAUUCAUCGUUACCUUGUCAUAUCUGCUCCAACUUCUCGUAUUACAAUGAGAAUUCAAGAAGCUGCCACGUGGCAAAUUGUAUUAGUGUAUUGGAUUGUACCAACAUUGAUUAGUUUAAUUGUUCUGAAAGAUACAGAUUUUCAUUAUGAUGCACUGGAAACAAUGGAAGUAGUUGCUCCAAGAGCAAUUAUUACGCGUAAUACACUUAUGGCGUUGAUAAUUGUUGCAUUGACUUGUUUUAUUUGUGUUUUAUCAUAUUUGGCAUUGUUUUUAUUUUUGAGAAAACAUUCAGCAGGAUUUUCGAAAAAUUUACAACGAGAACUGCAUUUGGCUUUUCAAGUUUUGGCUCUUCUCUGUGCUUUCUUCGUAAUGUUCGCGUAUUAUAUUUUCCAAAAUUAUUUUUCGCAAACUCAAAAUACCGGUCCAAUAUACACAAUGCGUGCUUUGUAUCCAAUUGCCAAUGGUACUUUGUCAUAUAUCAACCCAUUUUGCAUACUUCUUCUAAAUCGAGAUUUUUCUAGACAAUUCAUGAGAACUUUAAAGUGUGAGAAAGUCCGAGUUAGCGAAAUUCAAGUUUCCACCGUAAAAUCGCUAUCGACUCAGAGAAAAUAA